AUGGACUAUGAUCGACUCGCUGGAAGCCUGAUUGCUGGACAUUUGACGGAAUGUGGUCCUUAUACAAGAGGAGGCAAUUUCUGCGGCUUCAAGUCUAUCCCCAAUCUUGUCCGGGUGGGAUAUCCCAUUACGGAGGUUUACAAUGACGGCAGCUCUGUCAUCACGAUACACCCUAGAAGCAAUGGCGCUGUGACAGUCGAUACCGUCAAGGCUCGAUUAGUCUAUGAAAUCCAAGGACCAAACUACCUUAAUCCCGACGUUGGGUCUUACUUAGAAGCCAUAAGGAUUGAAGAAGAGGCCCCAAAUCGGGUUCGUGUGACUGGCGUGAAGGGAAAUCCGCCGCCCCCUACGACCAAUCUUGCUGUUUGUAGCUCUGGAGAUUACCAAGCUGAGAUGGCUACAUAUGACUCCCGCUUUUCCACCAUUGCUAUCGACGUGUAUGGACGCGUACCUGAUGAUCCCAAAUCACAAAAGGAGACGACGGUCAUGAUUCGCCACUUCGUUCAGGCACCUACCAAGGAGGCAAUUGGUCACUUCACGAAGGCAUUCAUGUUUUGCGCUAUGCAGGGCUACUGUCGCUUUCAUCCGAACAUGGACUUGCGCACGUUGGCACCGAAGCCCUAUAUCCGGUACUUCCGAGCGCGCUUCCAACAGUCUACCUUGAAAGUACGGGCCCAUGUCGAAGGGCAACUGCCUAUCGAAGUAGACCCAAUCCUGAAAACCGCAUCAUUUGCUGGCCAGCGGUCCUACGAACCUACGGAUCCUGUUGAUUUGCAGUCGUUCGGCCCAGCUAAACGCGCUCCCCCAGGAUCCAUUGUUCUUGCCCGAUCUGGAGAUGAUGGCGGUAACACGAAUGUCGGCCUUGGGGUCCGUAAUGCAGAUGAAUGGCCUUGGCUACGGACCUUCCUCUCUACCCAGUGCUUUCAAAAGCUUCUGGGCGACGGCUACCAGCCGGAAUACAGGGUAGAGCGUUUUGAACUCCCGCACCUGCAUGCCGUACAUUUCGUUAUGUACGGUAUCUUUCGGGAAGGUGUCAGUAGCUCAUCGAUUAUAGACGGCUUUGCUAAGAGCUUUGGGGAGUUUAUGCGUGCGCGACAAGUAGACAUUCCUGUGCGAUUCUUGGUAAGGCCUUGGGUGUGGCAGGAUGACCCGUACCAAGGCAUGCUUUUGUGA